AGAAUAGUUUUGCCCCCAAAUCGCCCGUAAACUCAUUUGACAGUUCUAGAGUGUUAGCACACAGCUCCUACUCUGGGUUCUGCAACAAACCAACAACAAUGGCUUCCAAUUCCAAUUCCAAAUCAACGACGUUUCUGAAGAAUUACGGUUACGAUUUCCUCUUGGGAUCAAUCGCUGCUUUCUACACGAUCAUGGUGCCCUACACCAAGGUCGAAGAGAGUUUCAACGUUCAGGCAAUGCAUGAUGUUCUUUAUCACCGGUUUAACUUAGACAAUUAUGAUCAUCUGGAAUUUCCUGGCGUGGUUCCUCGCACUUUCAUCGGUGCUUUUCUUGUGUCACUUGUCGCAGCUCCGUUUGCGUUUACCGCAAGUUUGCUUCAUUUGCCUAAGUUUUACGCUCUUCUUACAGUUCGGAUGGCCCUAGGGUGCAUCAUACUAUAUACACUAAGAUUCUUCCGUCAUCAGAUAAGGAGCAAAUUUGGGCAUCAAGUAGAAGCCUUCUUUGUGAUACUAACUUCUGUUCAGUUUCAUUUUCUGUUUUAUUGUACUCGUCCGCUUCCUAACAUUCUUGCUUUGGGUUUAGUGAAUUUGGCAUAUGGAUACUGGUUUGAGGGGCGCUUUUAUGCAGCUCUAAACUCUCUGAUUUUUGCUACAGCUGUGUUCAGAUGUGACAUGCUAUUACUUCUUGGUCCCCUCGGGCUACAACUUCUUCUGACAAAAAAAGUUUCAGUAUGGGGUGCUCUAAAACAUUGCACUGGCAUGGCCUUCUUCUGCACAGGUCUAACCAUAUUGGUUGAUUCAAUUAUGUGGAAAAGGUUAUUGUGGCCUGAAUUUGAAGUCUUUUGGUUUAACUCUGUACUGAACAAGAGUUCUGAUUGGGGAACACAUGCUUUCCAUUGGUAUUUCACCUCGGCACUUCCUCGUUCAUUGCUUGCUGCAUACCCUCUUUCCCUGUUUGGCCUCUUUGCAGACAGAAGGGUACGGUCUUUCACUUUCCCUGUUCUUGCCUUCAUUUUGCUUUAUUCUAAGCUUCCCCACAAGGAGCUUCGUUUUAUUAUAAGUUCAGUUCCAAUAUUUAACUUGUCUGCUUCAAUUGCAUGUAACAGAAUUUACAACAAUAAGAAAAAGAUGAUUUGGAAUUUGCUUUUCCUUUUCAUGUUGGGAUUACUUCUUAUGAGUCUUGGAGGCACCAUCACAACUUUCAUGGCAUCAUACUGGAACUAUCCUAGUGGACACGCCUUAAAAAAAAUGCAUGGUAUUGGUCUUCAUAAUGAUACAGAUGAAAAAUGGGUUCACAUUGAUACGUUUUCAGCCAUGAAUGGGAUAUCUCGCUUUUGUGAAAAUGAUUUCCCAUGGAGGUAUUCUAAAGAAGAACAAAUUAGCUUGCAAGAAUUUCAGCUGAGAAAUUUUUCUUUUCUUAUAAAUGAACAUCCUACGGUCAAUGGAUUCAAAUGCAUAUUCACUGAAGAUGGGUUCUCAAGAGUUCGCUAUAAGUUUGGCUUUCCGCCAAUUUUACUGGUUAAAGAACCCAAAGUGUAUGUCCAUGGAAAUUUAGAAAACAAGGAUGUUGUCAGCAGAAGUUGGCCUGGCUGCCCAUAAUCCUUUCUUUAGCAUGAUCAUCUGUUAAAAGUUAAUGUUUGAGAAAUGCUGGUUUCCUUUGUCUCCCUUUUCUCAUAGUGCCCAUGGGGAUUGAGAAAGCACUUUUUCGUAGUGUUGGAAUUGUUCAUCCCCACUAACAGUUACCUGUCUCGAGUAGUUGAUGAGAACUAGGAUGAUAAGGUAGAAUAGUUGAUCUUGUAGUUGUAGCAAUAUGAAGGUUGAAUCCUGUGUGAAAUAACUAUAUCUGAUGUUUGAAUUGCAUAUGGCAGAUUCAUGAUGGUUUAACUAUCUGCUCUGGGUUAACUUCAAAUUGUCUAUUCCUUUUUGCUAAUAAAUUUUGAUCUAUUUCAGCCAGAGAA